GCCCGGCGCUUCCGCGGGCAUUCUUCAGCAAACAAGACUCGAGCCUGAGGCGGACAGCCUCUUCUGGAGGCCACAAGACAGCCGCGACCACAGGUCUUUCUGGCCCCGCACGCGUUUGCAUGGCGACCAUGGCUGCAGUUGCUACAGAACGGCUCAGAGUGCGGCAUGGUGAAGAGCUCGCCGAAGAGUACAUAUGCAGGAUCCCGAAGACGGACGCAGAGAUCCUGAAGUUUUUCCUGUGCUUCCUUGCUGAUCGAGGUUUGCAAGAUGUUCCGGUGUUCAUCAACGGAGGCUAUGUCAGGGACCUGCUGCUUGGAAAGGAGCCUGACGAUCUUGACCUGACCCUGUGCCUUCGUGACUGCGCGCCGGAG